AGUCCUUCAGACAAAAGGGGAGAAAGGAAGAGAGUAAAGGAGGAGAAAGUUAAAGAAAACUCUCAAGGCCAUGACUUCCAGUCUCCUGUGGCGGGCCCUGUGCCUGCUGGUGACGCUCUGCACUGUGUCACACUUCAGCUCCGCCACUCGCCACCCCGGCCCCUCAGCUCCAGAGCAAGGGGUCACCUUCAGCCACGUCUAUAAAAUUGACAUCCCUGGGACUUCCAGUUGUAAACUUGAGAGCCUGCCAGCCCAGGACGAAGCAGGUCUGCAGACUGAGACCACUUCUAAUGGGGAGAACGACAUCACCUUCAGACACAACAUCAGGCUGCAGACACCAAAGUGUGACUGUGAGGAUUCUGAAAGCUUCAAGUCACUUUUGUACAGAGUCAAUGGGCUGGAGGAAGAAGUCACCUACCUAAAGACUGCCUGUACCCAGGGAUGUUGUGGAGGUGGUGGAGCUGCAGGAGUGGACACGAGCUGUAGUGGGCAUGGUACCUACCAACCGGAGACCUGCAGCUGCCUCUGUAACCCAGGGUGGGAAGGCCCAGACUGCUCCGUGUCCUCCUGCCCUGACGAGUGCAAUGACAACGGUCGAUGUGUGGAUGGGAAGUGUGUGUGCCUUCAGGGCUACACAGGCGAGGACUGUAGCCAGCUGAUAUGUCCAGACGAUUGCAACGACAAAGGGCAAUGUGUGGAUGGCAAAUGUGUGUGUUUCCCAAACUUCACCGGCGAGGAUUGCAGCAUCCAGAAGUGUCCCAACGACUGCAUUGGUAACGGCCAGUGUGUGGAUGGCCAGUGCAUCUGUGAAGAAGGCUUUUAUGGCGAAGACUGCUCAUUAGUCAUCGGCCCUCAGGGUCUGCGGCUGGUCCAGCUGACCGACGUCUCUCUCCUGGUUGAGUGGGAGUCAGUUCGCAGGGCAGAGUAUUACAUUCUGACAUAUCAUCCCAAAGAUGAUGAGAGUGCCCUGAAGCAAGUUAAGGUUCCCAACACAGAGAACUCCCACCUUAUUAAGAAGUUGAGUCCUGGGGUCACUUACAUUGUCAAAGUUUAUGCCGUCAUCAAAGAAAUCCAAAGUGAAGCAGACAAGCUCGAGGCUACCACAGAUGUCUCCACUGUUGAUGGUAUCAGAGUUCUUGGCCAGACAGAAGUCUCCAUCAAGGUCGACUGGAAGAACCCGCGUUCUGAGGUGGAUCACUUCAGGCUCACACACAUCAACCCAGCAGGACAGGAGGAGGAGCUGAACGUCAAGAGGAGCCAAGAGGCGCGCACCAAACACACUAUUGUCGGUCUGAUUCCAGGAACAGAGUACCAGAUAUCAGUGCAGGCCAUCAAAGGAACCUCUGAGGGAAAACCUUCCUCCGUCACGGGAGCCACAGACAUUGACUCUCCUACUAACUUGGUCACCACUGAAGUAACAGAGGACACGGCAACAGUGUCAUGGGAUCGUGUCCAGGCAGAAAUCCAGGGCUACAUGUUGAGCUACACCUCUGCUGAUGGAUCCAGCAGCGACAUCCCAGUAGGACGUGAGAGCACGUCGUACAGGCUGGUCGGCUUGAAGCCUGGAGUUCUCCACACCGUCUACAUCUGGGCCUUCAAGGGAGACAAAGUCAGCAAGAAGAGUUCAACAGAAGCUGAGACAGAGCUGGAUGCCCCUACUAACUUCUUGGCCCGAGAUGAGACAGAGUCCAGCUUCAGGGUGUCCUGGGAUCACACCAAGGCAGAAGUCGAUGGCUACAUGCUAAGCUACAGCUCCUCUGAGGGCUUGAGUGAGGAAAUCCCUGUCGGGUCUGAGAGUACUUCCUACGUGCUGACUGGCCUCAGACCUG